AUGAUGUCUACUCAUAAAGAUCCUCCAGGCCGUGGGCGAAAGACCGGCGACAAGAUGAUGAUUGAUCCGUUUGAGGUGCGCAUGCGCUUCACCACACAGCUGCAGCAUCUCAGCGCAGCUGUGACCUCCGCCCAGAAGGCUGCUCAUUAUGCGCUCAAGUAUCGCGACCUGGAUGAGGACCUCCACUCAUGUAUUCUGGAGCAGCUGGAGCGAAACAACAUGAACAACCGAGCCAACAUCAUGUACUUCAUCGAACAUCUCUGCGAAAUGGCCAUCAAAGAAAACCACCCUCCAUACUCGUCCCCCCCAGACGGCACCGGUGCCGCCAACGUCAAGCACGUCCGUCAUGUCUUGAGCGGUCUUCAAGCCAAGGAAGUCCUUGCGGCCGAUACCAUAGCCGAGAUCGACGCUGCGUUGAAAGACCGCGAAUCCGACCCCUCACACAUGGACCUUGAACACGAGGAAGGCGCCGAGGAGGGCAGCAAGGCCAAGGUGGAGAAGCCACAGCUACGUCUUGAUAAGAAGCAGAUCGAACAACGUAUCGAGGAAGAUCGUGAGCGCAACAAGCGGUUGCGUGAGAGCAUGUGGGCUAUGACUGGUAACGAUCGCGACGAAUAUAACCAGAUGUGGGAUGAGCUUAGUCCGAUUGGUGAAGAUGACUUCAUUCGAUCCCGCGAAGAGGCUUUUGAGCGCGCCGAAUGCGCUCGCAAGCAUGUGGAGUUUUACAGGAAGCUUUACGGCAUUGAGGGUUAA